AUGCUGAGCCGCCACGUCAACUCGGACCGCGUCCUCGCCCAGGCGAGGGAGCACUCGGCGACGCACCGCCACGGCAAGCAGCCCAUCCACGAGAUGCUCGGCCGCGAGUCGCCGCACACGAUCCCGCGCCAGCCCGCCCACAAAGACUACGGCACCGAGCCCGUCCCCAAGUUCGCCAUCCCGUCGCACGGUGUCCCCGCUGCCGACGCGUAUCACAUCUGCAACAACGAGCUCGCCCUCGACGGCAACCCGCUGCUCAACCUGGCGUCGUUCGUGCACACGUCGAUGGACGAGUACGCCGACCGCCUCAUGCACGAGAACCGCAUGAAGAACCUCAUCGACCAGGACGAGUACCCGGCGACCCAGCUCAUCCACACGCGCCUCAUCUCGAUGCUCGCCAACCUCUGGCACGCCGACGACCAGAAGGAGUCGGCCGUCGGCACGGCGACGACCGGCUCGUCCGAGGCGAUCCAGCUCGGCGGCCUCGCCAUGAAGAAGGCGUGGCAGGCGCGCCGCAAGGCGGCCGGCAAGGACUACUUCCACCCGAACGUGGUGAUGGGAGCAAAUGCCCAGGUUGCCAUCGAGAAGGCGGCCCGCUACUUCGAUAUCGAGAACCGCAUGGUCCCCGUCGACGAGUCGACCAAGUUUGUAAUGGACCCGCGGCGCGCCAUCAAGCUCGUCGACGAGAACACGAUCGGCGUCUUUGUCAUCCUCGGCUCGACCUACACGGGCACGUACGAGUCGGUGCAGGAGAUGUCGGACCUGCUCGACGAGUACGAGCGCAAGACGGGCAUCUCGAUCCCGAUCCACGUCGACGGCGCGUCGGGCGCCAUGUACGCCCCGUUCGCCAACCCGUCGCUCAUCUGGGACUUCCGCGUCUCGAAGCGCGUCGUCAGUAUCAACACGAGCCUCCACAAGUGGGGCAAGACCUACGUCGGAGCCGGCGCCGUCGUCUGGCGCUCGAAGGAGCACCUCCCCAAGGAGCUCGUCUUCGAGCUGACGUACCUCGGAUCGGUCGAGUACUCGUUCUCGCUCAACUUUUCGAGGCCGGCGGCGCCCAUCAUCGCGGCCUAUUUCAACCUCGUCCACUUUGGGUUCGACGGGUACCGCCGCAUCUCGCUCCACGACGCCAAGAACGCCCGCCUCUUUGCGCGCGCGCUCGAGCGCUCGACCUACUACAAGGUCGUGUCCGAGACGCACCGGCUCAAGCCGACCGCCAACCAGUCGCUCGUCGACAAGGCCAAGCAGGCGACCGGGAUCGUCGACGACAUCGAGGCCUACAUGCCCGGCUUGCCCGUCGUCGCCUUCAUGUUCUCGGACGAGUUUAAGCGCGAGUACCCGCGCAUCGAGCAGCGCAAUGUGCAGCUGCAGCUCCGCCAGCGCUCAUGGAUCACGCCGAAUUAUCGUCUCCCUUCUUCCUCUUCUUCCCACGCCGAAACCGAGGUCUUGCGCGUCGUGAUGCGCGAGACCUUCGACGAGGACCUCGUCGAGCGCCUCUUCCACGACCUGAUCGAGGUGACCGAGGACAUGAUGGAGGAGCACAAGGCCGACGUCGCGCAACCGGGCGCCGGGCUCGGCCACGCGCGCAAGAGCCCGAACGAGCUUGCGGGCCCAAAGAGCGGCUCGAUCGCCGAGAAGCUCGCGGCGAGCCAUGGCGAGGGGACGAGGCCUGUCGGCCACGACUCGGUCUGCUGA